AUGGAGCCAGAUCAAGAAAAAGAAAAUGAAGCUGUCUAUUGUGAUGCUUGUAAAACACGAAAACCCGAAGAAAAACUCAUUUCAAUAAAGGAAAAUCCGGAAAAAUUGACAAUUCUGACUGGUUGGGUGAUGUGUUCGAGUUUGGGACUUCAAGAAUCGACCAGAUUGUAUAAUACACCGUGCGAGAUGUUCACAUGUUUGGAACAUCUCAAAUUAUCUGUAAGUUAGCCUAAAUUCUGGGAAAAUUGAUGAAAAAUUGUGUGUUUUAGGAGCAAGUUUUGUCGAAAAUAUUGAACGGAUAUAGUGAUUAUUUCAUCAAGAAGAAUACGCUUCUCUACGAAAUUGCAGUGGAAAUUCGAAGAAGCCCAAUUUCUAUUGCAUCAUAUCGAAAAGGUGUCAAAAGUGUUUUUGGAAAAAUGGAAAAUCGGGCGGAGCUUUUUGAAGAAUCGAGAAAACGAAAAGUUUUGACAAGGAAUUCACAUCGAUCUGCAGGAAAAGAACAACCAGAUUAUAUGUAAAUUUUUUAAAUUACUCCUUAUUCAAUAUUGAGAAAACGUUCAAAAACUCUAGAUUUUCUUUAGAAAACGCCAGGAGAAAGUGAAUCAAUUGAAAUGUGGAAUUUGUGCAUCGAAAAAUAUAUCGGAUUUACGAAAAAUCGCACUUGGAAAUGAUAAAUUGAUGCUGCUUAUUGGAAUGGUUUUAGAAGAGCAAAUUGAAGAAGAUGAGGCGAGAAAUCAAUUUUCGAUCGAUUCACAAUUUUUUGCAUGUCAGGAGCAUGUUGACAAAGCUGUAAGUGAGCGGGUUUUUAGGGGGAAAAUUUGACCAGGAAAACACUCAUUGGAACAUGAUCUCAAACAUUUUUUUAAAUAUUCAAAUUAUGAAACGUAUAAAAUUUUGGUUUCAAAACAAUUAAUUUUACCAAAAAUUGACAAAUUCGCAAUUUUUCUUUCAAAACCUCUAUUUUUCCAGCAAGAAAAAGUGUCUCACACUGAUUGUUUCAACACCUACAUGUACAUUCAAUCAAUUAAUAAAUUCGAUGGUUUUUCGAUAAAAUCCGCCUGGAAAUGCUAUCAACACUUCGCCGCCAAAUAUCAAAGUUCUCCAAUCUCACGCGAACCACAAUUCGAUAAAAAUUCGCACAAUUUCAUCGUCAUUCAACGUUGUCAUAUUUGCAACGUGGCACGAAUCGAUGAUCGAUUCGCGCGAUCAAAACGCGAAGAUUUUCGUCGAAUUUUCGAGAUUUUUCCUGAAAAAAUCAAGAAAUCGCGCAAUGAUUUGAUGGAAAAUAUUGGAGAGCACGAGAUUUUAUUGUAUUGUCCGAAACAUUUGCGAAUUCAAAAUGCUCCGCCAGUUUUCGAAAAACCUGACGCUGAAGAUGAAACUGAAAAAGAGAAUGAACCGGAAUUUUUCGAAUUCGACGACUCUUGGAGAGAUGUUUUGAGCGAACAUUCGUAUUGUAAAAAUUCGGCAUCAAAAAUUGAGGAAGAGGAAGAAAAAAUUAAGGUUUGA